UAACCUCACAUCUAUCAUCGAUGUUAGGAGGGUGUGUGUUUGAGGUUAAAGUGUUGACAGUAUAGAAGGUUGCAGACAGAAGAAUUUAAUACAUAAGCCAAAACUACCCUGAGCACUGAUGUCUAGUGUAUUCGAUAUUAAUGCUGCAAGUGACAGACUUGUACCUGCCAGUACAAUGGAAACAAAAUUUGUUUUCACAUAUCCUUCCUGGACGAUUAAGUUCGAUUACAAGCUUGAAGUGCCAAUUUAUGUCCCAUUUUCGGGGACUGCUGAAGAACUCGGCGAACGAUUAAUGGCAUUCUUCAACUUGCCAAGUAAUGCUGAGGAAGAUCUGACUGCAGCCCUCAAAAUGUUUCUGGAAGAGAAAACACAGAUGUUUUUUGAUAAAAUGGGAGAUAAAGUUGUUACAGUGGCGAAAGAAGGUGACACAGAUGUUGAAGAUGUAAUUAAGACAUGGGAGAAAUCUUUCAAAACAGAGACUGUGGAAUAUUCAGAGCCUGAAGGAGCAACAGAUGAAGAACUGUUUUCUGCUGUCUAUCACAAAUUAGUUCAUUCUCCAGCAUUGGAGCCGAUUUUGCAAGUAGAACAUUCCUAUGCACUUGCUGUUCAUGAACUUACUCUUCAGAGGGAAGAACAAGUUGAAGGUCUAACAACAAUGCAAACUGAAGAAAUGGCUCAGGCUAUAGAAGGAGUUCCUUUUCCAAAUACAGAACAUCAAAUAAAUGAAAUGGCAGCUUCACAUUUUGAAGAGCAGAACCUGUUGCAAGGCAAAUGGAAUAGUGAAAUCGACACACUUAAGGAAGAUCAAAGGAAAGAAUAUCGGGACUGGCUUAUGAAGAUGUUGGAGGACAAUCAAACAAAUGUGAAUGCUCCAAGCAUUGUAAAUACUCCACGCACAUUCAACAAAGGUGCUCAUGAAGAUAAGCUGCCUAUGCCAAGACUAGAGGAAAGUUUCACCAUACACUUAGGCUCGCAGAUGAAACAGAUGCACAAUAUAAGAAUUUUAUCCGCUGAUGUGCUGGAUUUUUGUCGGGUGAAGCUUCAGAGUUCAGGAAAUCUUGAUCCUCAGCCACAGCGCUUGCAGACUGCUCUAGCCCUUUAUUCCAGUGACUUAUGUGGAUUAGUUGUACUGACAGAUAGCCAUAUUGGAGCAUUCACAGGAUUAACUAAAGAGCUCACUGGGGUCUGCCAGCAGUCAACAGAUUUCCAUUUUCCAUCAGUGGAUGAGCAGCUAGAGAAAAUAAAGGAAGAAGUUAAAGAAGUUGUAUCUUGGCGUAAUGCGCAUUGGAGUCAUGAUCACUUAGGGACACUAACAUCUACAGAACAGAUGUCUCGAAGGUUGGGGACAAAGAAUCUACAAACUGGUGAUGUGUACUUGACAAGACAUUCAAAUUUAGCUGAAGUCCAUGUUGUUUUCCAUAUGGUGGUAGACGAUUCCUUGAGAUCAAGUGACAUUAAUUCAAGACACCCUGUGAUUCUGGGGCUCCGGAAUAUAUUGAAAACAGCAUGUUCUAAUGAUAUAACUACACUUACUAUUCCAGUUCUUCUCAUGCAUGAGAUGACAGAGGAAAUGACAGUUGCAUGGUGUACAAAAAGAGCAGAGCUAGUUUUCAAAUGUGUGAAGGGGUUUAUGAUAGAAAUGGCAUCCUGGGGAGGCUCGGAACUGAAAAAUUUACAGUUUCUAGUACCAAAGGGUAUUUCAGAAGAAGUAUUUGGAACUCUGGCAACUAUGUUACCAAGCAUAUUUAGGGUUUCGAAUCCUCUGGUCUUCAAAGUAUCUUCAACACCCCACACACCGAAGAGCUCAUGACAAGUAGCAAAUGGAGAGAACUACACCAAUGACAGAAUAUUUAUACAAAGCAAAACUUGUUUUGGGUGGUGCCAUAAAGUCACUGCUUCACUGUCUGCGCACAUAGCAUUACUGUUCAUUUUGAAUGUGGUGGUAUGUGGAGAAAUGUUGAUAAUGUGGAAAUCAUGUAUUUACUAAAUUCAAAGGAAAAAUAUCUAUGUAAUGGUAUUUCAGAUUUUGUGCCUUGUACAUGUACAUACAGCAUCAUUGAAAGAUACUAAAGGCGAACACCAAAUAUUUGAAUAGUGAUCGUUAAAUAUGUUGUACUCUUAAAAGUGGAUAUUACACUUAAUUAAAAACAAAAAAUAAUAGGAAUCUGAGAUCUGCUUUACACUUAAAAAGCCUUACUUAGAGAUUCUUUUGUAUUAAUCUCUCUCUCUCUCUCUCUCUCUCUCUCUCUCUCUCUCUCUCUCUCUCCCCCCCCCCCCCCUCUGAUAGUAUUCACUAUCUUCUCUUAAUGAUUUUCGAGUAACAGUCAUACACUUCAUAACUAUAGGUAUAUGUGCACCAUUUUCAGGUUGUUCCUGUUUUUAAUAAUCACAGUUUUAAGAGUUCAUUGUUUUCAUGUGUAAUUAAUCAUCUGCAAUGUUACAGCAUUUAAUUAUGUUAAUAAUAUAAUGAAAUAAUUGGAAAUUUAUAUAUGUUUGUUUUUCUGUAGUGGUUGACGAGGAAUUUUGUAUCUUACAGUAGCAAUUAGCAGCUAUUUGCUUACUGGAGGCUUUACAGCAGCGUUUCAAAAACUGAAGUUAAAGAUUCCAUAUAUGAAAAUAAAAACUGCUUAACUUCCAAGAGGAAGAAGUUGCAGCAAUAUUAUCUUAAAUAAUAUGUCACUGUUAUGAAAUUUCCUAACAGUUUAAAGCUACCGUAUUUACUCGAAUCUAAGCCGCACUUUUUUUCCGCUUUUUGUAAUCCAAAAAACCGCCUGCGGCUUAGAAUCGAGUGCAAAGUAAGCGGAAGUUCUGAAAAAUGUUGGUAGGUGCC